UCCAACAAAUCCCUUGAAAGUGAAAAAAUUAAAGCUUAUGGUCGUUACUCUUUUCAGUGCCAUUCGUUUUGUCGAGGACCACGGAGAAACCUCAGCUCAUUGCACCGUGUCCUACAGGCUCUCGACCACUUCUUCGACCUGACGGUGAACCCAGGAAAUGCCUUCCACAUCAGAACAGCCUCUGUGUCAAUGCUUUACCCGACAGGCAUAACGCAAGGACGGUCUGCUGCUACAACAAUCAGGUGGAUUAUUUCUGUUGUCUGGACACCACUGCCUGAAGAAUGUCCUGAUUAUCAACACGUAACAGUGGUGAUCCACAAUGCGAUGCCUCACAAUCCAUUUGGUUUGCGAUCGUUUUACUUCCGCGAUGGCGUCGAGGAUGAUGUAGUCAACGCAGCAAUCCGCAUGCCCAUUGAAAAUAUCGAUGAAAACGGAAUCCGACGGGAAAACGGCUUUCUUGUGAGACACAACGAAGAAUGA